UUAUUCUGUCUCUCAAAACAAUUUAACAGUGAGGAUUCAAUCGCGAAAUCAGUGGACGGUUACCUAUGAGGGAAUAAUUGAGAAUUGUACCUGGCUAACUGUUGUCUGUAUUUCUCUUACACCGUCUAUGGUGGAGUAGUCAAAGACUUUCAAAGGCCUUUCAACAAGUCUUUCAUCGCCAGCCGAAACGACGACGUCUAUCCGGGGUUUCUGCUCGGAGCUCUUGAGUCUUUUCUGAUCUGGGUACCCUAGAUAAUUCUGCUGUUGCAAAUUUCCAUUCACAGCGGGUCUGCUUUCAUGAGAAAAAGUGACAGUCAUUUAAUUCAACCGACUGCCACAUAAAUAUCAACUGAAUAGCUGAGUGGGCUUUCCAACUCAGUUUUAAUAACUGAGGGCCAUCUAGACAUCAAUCGAAACUGCUACCUCUGCGGAGCUCAUCAUCCAUUCUUUUCUUGAAUGGAUUCUUUAUUAAAAUCUGGCAUAGACGUUUAGUGAGUCCUGUCUCGAGCCACAAAAAUUCUCCAUAGAAUGGUAUGCCAUUGAAAGAAAGUACAUGCAUUUUUACCCUACUAUCCUUUUCCAUCACCCUACUCAUAGUUCCUAUAAGUGCACUAGGUAGAAAGUGCAUUUUGUUCAGGGGCAUAAGAAGAAAUAAUGGAUGAAAGGUUAGAGAAAAAGUUCCCUAUCAAUGCCAAGGAUUACGAAUUAUACGAGGAGGUUGGAGAAGGUGUAAGUGCCACUGUGUACAGAGCUCUAUGUGUUCCACUCAAUGAGAUAGUUGCAAUCAAGGUUCUUGACCUGGAAAGGUGUAACAAUGACCUGGAUGGAAUUCGCCGAGAGGUGCAGACAAUGAUUUUGAUUAACCAUCCAAAUUUACUCCGUGCACACUGCUCAUUCACGGCUGAUCAUAACCUGUGGGUUGUGAUGCCAUACAUGGCUGGUGGAUCUUGCCUUCAUAUAAUGAAAUCGUCUUAUCCUGAAGGGUUUGAAGAGCCGGUUAUUGCCACAUUAUUGCGUGAAGUCCUGAAAGCACUCGUGUAUCUUCAUUCACAUGGACACAUCCACAGAGAUGUAAAGGCUGGGAAUAUUUUAGUUGAUACAAGUGGUGCAGUCAAGUUAGCUGAUUUUGGAGUAUCUGCGUGUAUGUUUGAUACUGGUGAUAGGCAAAGAUCAAGAAAUACAUUCGUCGGGACACCCUGCUGGAUGGCUCCGGAAGUUAUGCAGCAACUACAUGGGUAUGAUUUCAAAGCAGAUAUUUGGUCACUCGGAAUAACAGCACUUGAACUAGCUCAUGGACAUGCACCAUUUUCAAAGUACCCUCCAAUGAAGGUCCUGCUCAUGACCUUGCAAAAUGCACCACCAGGGCUGGACUAUGAAAGGGACAGGAGAUUCUCCAAGUCUUUCAAGGAAAUGGUUGCUGCUUGCUUAGUGAAGGAUCCAAAGAAGCGUCCCUCGUCAGAAAAGCUUUUGAAGCAUCCCUUCUUUAAACAAGGACGUUCAAAUGAUUAUUUAGCACGUACCAUUCUUGAAGGACUUCCCCCUUUAGGUGAUCGUUUUAGGAUGCUUAAGACCAGAGAAUCAGACGUUCUUGUACAGAACCAGGCAUUGUAUGAGGACAGGGAACACUUAUCCCAGCAAGAAUACAUCCGCGGAGUCAGUGCAUGGAAUUUCAAUCUUGAAGAUUUGAAGAACCAAGCUGCUCUUAUAGCCGAUGAUGAAAUUUGUAGUAAUGAAGAUCCAAUUGGAAGUGGGACUCAAUUGAAUAGACACGACGGUGUCUCUCCAACUGAGAGACUAUCCUCAAAGAUAGCUAAUCAGUCAACUAGUAUCACACAUGAGGAUGCUAUCAAUGACAUCCAUGAUUUGGAGAACUCACUUGCAGGAUUUCCCAUUAAACCCCUUCAGGCACUCAAGGGCUGUUUUGAUGUUUGCAAUGAUGACAUAGAUGCUGGUAGUCCAUGCUGGAAAGAUGUCAUUCCUUCUGAUUCUGAACAACAAUAUGAGGUCCAGCCAUUGAAAAAUGAUGGGGAUCAUGAAAGUGGAAAAGAAAAUGUUAUUUUUGGUCAAAACAGCUCCCUGCCACACACUACUACUCUAGGGUGUAAAAAGUUUUUGAGUGGUUCACUACUUCAGGGAAAUGAUGUGGUCAUGCAUAAGAAGGGAAUAACUGAUGGAGAGAGGGAUUAUCAACAGCCAAGAUAUCAAUCUGAACGGAACUACAGUGGUCCACUGCAGUAUAAUCACAAGAAAGAAACUGGUGAAGAUACAUCUGAAGGAGCUAUUGUCCAACGCAGGGGACGAUUCAAAGUCACUUCAGCAGAGUUGAGUCCAAAGGGUCCUACAAACUGCUCUGUUAAUGCUGUUUCUGGAAGUUUGAAUGGUCCAACUGUUCCUAGUACAAUGGUUUCUUCAGUUCUACCGUCAUUACAGUGCAUGUUGCAGCAGAAUAUAUUUCAAAGGGAAGAACUCAUUAAAAUGAUCAAGUAUGUGGAGCAAGCAUCUGUCAAUUCUGUGGACACAGUUGAGACCGGAAGUAAUGGGUACUCACAGGUGCCUCCUACCUCUUCAAGAGAGAGAGAUCUGAUGUCCCAGAUGAUGCAAUUGCAACAAAGUGCGGGAAACAUGGUUGAAGAGUUGCAAAGACAGAAGAUAAAAAAUGCUCUGUUGGAAAAGAAAUUGAAUGCAUUGCUCGAGAAAGCGGAACAAGGAUGAAGUGGUUGGACUCAGAAUUUUCAUGUUAUAUGAUGUCAAAGGGUGUGUUUCAAUUCAUUCGACAGUCAUCCUGGUGACCUGGUUUGUGUAUCAUAUUUAUUACUAUGCGAUAAUGGUGUACGUGUAGUUAAUUAUUAUUAGUUAUUAUCAUUGUGUAUCAUAUCUAUUACAGAGUAUUACAAAAGCUCUUUGUUGUAAUUUAGUGACUACGUAUUGUAAUUAAAUAUUCUUUAAGGAUGUCGAUACAUUGCACCUCCC